AGAAAGCAAUGUUUGAGCACCAGCUACGCUUCGAUUCCCUCGUUCAGUAUUCACUGAGCACCCAGGGUGUGAGAGCGCUUGGUUUUGCCCUCAAGGAGUUUAGAGUGGAGUUUACAUGAAUGAAUCACUUUUUAGCGGCAGGCCUAAGUGUGGGUACAGUCGCACCACAUACCCAGAUACUACUCCAGGCACGGGCAUUAGGGGCUCCCACAGGCUGGACAGGCCUUGGACUUUCCUGGUUGAACCGUGAAGCCACGGUGUCAGUCCACACUCCACUGUGAAUGGCGGGUCUGGUCCCGCGAGCAGGCGCCGCUCUCAAACCCCACGGUCCCGCGCAGCGAAGAGGCGAGACGGCCGCGGAAGGCAGGCGCAGCCCACUCUUCCGGAGAGGCCCUGACAUCUCCCGGGUAAUCUGGAGCUUUCAAAAUGUUUGCCAAGGCAACAAGGAAUUUUCUUAGAGAAGUUGAUGCUGAUGGUGACCUGAUUGCAGUAUCAAAUCUGAAUGACUCUGAUAAGUUACAGCUUCUAAGUCUGGUGACAAAAAAGAAGAGACACUGGUGCUGGCAGAGACCCAAGUACCAGUUUUUAUCCCUCACCCUUGGUGAUGUACUCAUAGAAGACCAAUUUCCGAGUCCAGUGGUCGUGGAGUCAGACUUUGUGAGAUACGAGGGCAAGUUUGCAAACCACGUGAGUGGAACCCUGGAGACCGCACUGGGGAAGGUCAAGCUGAACCUGGGGGGCAGCAGCCGUGUGGAGAGCCAGUCUUCGUUUGGAACCCUGAGGAAGCAGGAGGUGGAUUUGCAGCAGCUCAUCAGAGACUCUGCCGAGAGAACAAUAAAUCUGAGAAACCCUGUGCUCCAGCAGGUGCUGGAGGGAAGGAAUGAGGUCCUGUGUGUUUUGACACAGAAGAUCACGACGGUGCAGAAGUGUGUGAUCUCUGAGCACACGCAGGUCGAGGAGAAGUGUGGUGGCAUCGUGGGCAUCCAGACCAAGACGGUGCAGGUGUCAGCGACGGAGGAUGGGAAUGUCACCAAGGACUCCAGCGUGGUGCUGGAGAUCCCAGCUGCCACCACCAUUGCCUACGGUGUCAUUGAGUUAUACGUGAAACUGGACGGCCAGUUCGAGUUCUGCCUUCUCCGAGGGAAACAAGGUGGCUUCGAGAACAAGAGGAGAAUUGACUCUGUCUACCUGGACCCCCUGGUCUUUCGAGAGUUUGCAUUCAUAGACAUGCCAGAUGCUGCACAUGGGAUAUCUUCCCAGGAUGGACCAUUAAGUGUUUUAAAGCAAGUGACCCCGCUCCUGGAGAGGAAUUUCCAUCCCUUUGUGGAGCUGCCUGAGCCACAACAGACAGCUUUGAGUGACAUCUUCCAGGCAGUCCUGUUUGAUGAUGAACUACUCAUGGUCCUGGAACCAGUGUGUGAUGACCUGGUCAGCGGCCUCUCGCCCCCAAUGGCGGUGCUGGGGGAGCUGAAGCUCCAGCAGCAGCAGGACCUUGAGGCCUUCCUGCAGCUAGUGGGGUGCAGCUUACAGGGUGGGUGUCCAGGCCCCGAGGACACAGGCAGCAAGCAGCUCUUUAUGACAGCCUACUUCCUGGUCAGUGCCCUCUCAGAAAUGCCAGAUAAUGCAGCAGCUCUGCUGGGCACUUGCUGCAAACUCCAGAUCAUUCCCACACUGUGCCACUUGCUUCGUGUUCUGUCUGAUGAUGGAGUAUCUGAUCUUGAAGACCCAACCCUGGCUCCCCUGAAAGAUACAGAAAGGUUUGGGAUCGUGCAGCGCUUGUUUGCCUCAGCUGAUAUUAGCCUGGAGAGACUGAAGUCGUCUGUGAAAGCUGUCAUUCUGAAGGACUCUAAAGUCUUCCCACUACUUUGUAUAGCCCUGAAUGGACUCUGUGCUUUAGGCAGAGAACAUUCAUGAUGUCAUAUGUGAACUAGAAGUACGUGUUAUUGGCCAAGGCUGAGUAUUUUUCAGAAUUGUUAAAGGUCACAUGCACGUUAAAAGUUGACCAAUGAAAUGAAUUUACAAAACAGUUUAAGAAGUGGUGACAUUUUGCAUUAUGAAUGACCCGACUUCUAGCCACCAGGUACUCUUUAAACAGUUUUCCUUAUCAGAGGCCCUCCUGUGCUGGUGAGCCAGCAUCUGAGUUAGGUUCCAGCACCUAAAGAGCUGGGAGGGCUGAGAAUUCUUAGCAUACAUUCAGACUUUUUUUCUGCACAAUAAGUCCAUCUGUCACUUGCAUUCCACUUUCUUUGUUAUACAGAAAGAGUCUGACCCUUUAAUCCAAAAGUUCUUUUUACAUUGUGACUGCUGUGGGAAGGCAAUUUCUCUACACACAAGAGGCUGCGUUUUGGAUGUGAUGUAUGCUAUUUGAUGACUGAAAAUGAAAAUGAACUGUAAAUGCUCCUAGAGUAUAUUCUUCUGCUAAACAAAAUUAAACUUUAAAAAAUCUAAUAGUAACACACCCCUGCUUGGGACCCUAGCUAUAUGCAUUUUAUGUGACCUUGCCAUGCUCUGGUGAACAUACUAUUUCUAUGUCUAGCACAUGUUGAUUUCCUAUUAAAGAAAACUUUGA